UUGCGGAGAUUGUGUAUUGAGUUGAGUGUGAGUAGGAGCAAGCAGCAGCAGCAGCAGCUUUAUUUUUUGUGGUACCGUCUCUUAGUUUUGGGUUGGACUAGUGGUCGGUCGGUUCUUGUCCGUCAGUUGGGGCUCAACAUCGUCGGCCAUCGGACGGGACAGCGUCUCGACACUCACGAACUCGGCACUUGGCCAACCGAUGCCAAAACUCUCUCUCUGUCCCUGUCUCUCUCUCUCUCUCGCACGCACACACACACACACGCACACACAUACUCAAUUUGAUUGUCUCGUUUUUCAAUGUGGCAGAGUUGAAAAGGCGACAGAAAUUGUGUCAUUGUGUGAGCCAAGUUUCGAGUCCCGCGUGAUUUUCGUGUGCCGUUGGUCUAAAAGUGCGUUCAUUAGGUGGGAAAAGUGUUUUGAGUUGAGACUUGAGACUUGAGAGUGAGUGAACAUGCAACACAAAUUGCCGCACUGGCAGUAGAUGACACAACAACAGCAUCAACAACGAUCGACAACGAGUUGAAUGUUGUUUCGGGUGAAAGUUUCCUGAUGAACGGGCACCCAUUGCCGUUCUCUCUCGUUAACUUGUUCGACUCGGCUGAAGAAGAAGAAGAAGAAGAAGAAGAAGAAGAAGAAAAAGAAGAAAAAUUUCCAAUCAAAAACUCGAUUCUCUUUUGUGGCGGACUGGAAAAACUUGUCGUGCCGUCAUCUCGCCGCAUGUUUUUGUGCUUGUUUUUCAAGUGCACGCCAUUUUCCAUUUCGUUGGCGUUUUUGAUUGAUUUUUUCGUGUGUGCGGCCAUUGAAACGUGCGUCGUUUUGUUUUGAAUUUCGUUUAUUUUGUUUUUGUUGCUUGUUCUUGUUGUUGUUUUUGUUUUUGUAAACGAAACCAAACAAUUGGAACAAGAAAAACAAAAACAAGGCAGAAAUGGCUUCAUCGUGCGGCGUCGUAAAACUGUCGAUCGCCACCGCUCGUUUUUCCGUCUGCUUCAUUUCUGCCAUUGUCUUGGUGACGUCGUUGAUCGGCGGUGGUGGAUUCAUCAGCCGUCAUCCGAAUUGCGCCGACGCCAUUCAAAUCGCGAGUCUGACGGCGACGAAUCAAAACUGCACCAACGAAGGACAAACGGUCGUCGUGAAGAUAGUCGAAGAAUUCAUUCCCUGCAUGACCUGCAUGUGUAAGGAUGGCCACGUCCAGUGCAAGAAAGAGAUCUGUCCCAGUACGGGCAACUGUUACGUCGUGUUGCAACAGAACAAGAGCGCCGCCAAAUGCUGCCAAGUCUGCAAAGGUUGCUAUUACAGAGGUGUUCACUAUCAGAGCGGCAGUCAAUGGAACGACCCCGACGAUCCUUGUCAGACGAUGACAUGUCAGGGCGGUGUAGUAACCGUGUCCCGUCAAACGUGUCGCUGGAACGAGGAGGACGCGUCGACAGCCGACGGCCAUUGCCAGCAUUUAUUGCCGGCCAGGCCGGGCGAAUGCUGCCCGCGCUGCAAAGGUUGCCAAUGGAGGCAGGCGCGAAGCGGACGCAACGUGACGAUGGCGGAAGGUGGUCCGGCCGCCAGUCCCGACCCGCUAACGGAGCCGUGCACCCAAUGCCAAUGUCUGCCGGGUGGUUCGAUGAUGUGCACUCGCCAGACGUGCCCAGUCCUGCCCUGUCCGGCCAACAAAGCUCUGCUGCAACCGGGCGCUUGCUGUCCAGUCUGCCAAGGCGUGCGCAAAGAAGUGCAGCCGGCCAUGGCUGCGCCCGCCGUCUGCCAAAUCGGCAAGAAACAGUUUGAACUGGGAGCGAAAUUCCGGCCCGAUCCGUGCACCAAUUGCACGUGCCAGCCCAACUCGACGACCGUCUGUCUGCGCGACAACAGCAGACGACUCGGUGGCAGCUCGUCGUCGUCGUCGUCGUGCCCCAACGUGCACCCGGCCACCAUCACGGUGGCUCCUCCCCUUUUGGCUUCUUGGCCAUCGGACGCCGUGGCGUCGAAAUCGGCCACCACCCAACCGUCGGCCAUGGCCGUCGUCGCUUCGUUUCAAAGGCAACAAGAAGCCGCCGCCGCCGCCUCUUCUUCGUCAUCGUCGUCGUCGUCGUCAAUUCUUUCCACUCACGGCAAAGGGUCGCAACCGCAACAACAGCAACAACAACAGCAGCAGCAACCUGCCAUGCAAACGCCGACGGCUCUGCCGGCGUCACGACCUCUCACCUGCGCCUAUCGUGGCGUCACUUAUCAGGAUGGAGCUGGUUGGUCAUUGGAUCCUUGUACGCAGUGCAGCUGUUCGCAGGGCGAAGUGCGUUGCGCCGUCCAGCAAUGCCCAGUCUACCGGCCGAAAGAUCAUCACCGGCGCAAAAUGAAAUCGAGCGAUUCCGAUUCGUCGUCGUCGCCCUCAUCGUCGUCCUCAUCGUCGUCCGGCAGUGGCAACAAUGUCCAGUCACCGCUGCAGGCAGCCAACGCUGGCCAACCGUGUCCACCUGGCCGCCAUCCAGUCAAAGAAGCGGGCCAGUGCUGUCCGAAAUGCGUGGAAGACGACGCCGUGUGCACCGUGUUUGGAGACCCGCAUUACCGCACGUUUGACGGCCGGGUCUUCAACUUCCAAGGCGCAUGCAAAUACCUGCUGACGUCCGACUGCCGCAACGACACUUUCUCCGUCCGGGUCACCAACGACGCGCGUUCGUCGCGUUCCUUUUCCUGGACCAAGACGGUCACGCUCACCAUUGAAGACCUGAAAGUGACUCUGGGCCAGAACAUGAAAGUCAAAGUGAACCACAAAAGGGUGUCGUUGCCCUUCGUUAGCCUGGGCGUGCUGUCCGUCGUCCAGGAAGGUUACAGCGUCGUCGUUCGAACGAAUCUCGGAGUGAAAUUGCUGUGGGACGGCGAGAGCUUCUUGGAAGUGACGGUGCCGCCUGCGUUCAAGCGGCGACUGUGCGGCCUGUGCGGCAACUUUAACGGCAGGCGGCGCGACGAUCUGCGCAUGCGCUCCGGUCAAUUGGCCACCAGCGUCGAACAGUUUGGCGCCUCUUGGAAGGUGGGCGGACCAAAGUCUUGCAGCAGCACCAGCACCAGCAGCAGCGCGCGGGUACCGCUGUGCCAACGACAGUGGCACAUCCGCAUUCGGGCCGUUCGUGAAUGCAGCGUCCUCAAAGCGGCCACGUUCGCCCAGUGUCAUGCGCAAGUCAGCCCCGUUCGAUAUUUCAAGUCGUGCCUGCUGGACAUGUGUGAAUGCCCGUCCGGCAAACAGUGCUACUGCGAGGCGUUGACGGCCUACGCCCGCGAAUGCGCUCGUCACGGCGUCACGCAGAUCGACCCCAAAUGGCGUGAGGUAACCUCUUGCACGGGCCACCAUCACACUGGUGGCAGCACUCGACUUCAUCCCAGCACUUGAGCGUUUCCUCCUCUUCCUUCUUUGCUUUUUUGUUUCUGUUGCUUCAGAAAAUUUACUUUCGAUCGAAAUCAUCGAGCCAUGCCAAAACUCUUUCUCAUUAGUGAUGUUGAUUUUUUUCUUUUUUUGUUUGUUGAUUUUCUUGUUUUUUUUUCUUUUUUUUUGCGUGGGGGAGGGAGAUUGGCGUUUGAAAUCACCUGCUGUUUGCGCUUAUCCUUAGUGUUUCAUUUAAAAAACAAAAAAACAAAAAAAAACAAACAAAAGGAACAACUUUGAGAGCAACAGGUGAUUUGGCGUUUACGAUAUGCGUUGGACCAGGUUUGACGGUUUAGACGUUGCAUCAUUUUUUUGACCCAGUGGCCAUCGUUUUAGUUUCUUUUUCUAUUCGACAAACGGACAAAAGUGUUCACCUUUUCGACUAUUUUUUCGCCCCUCCCACCUUUCUCACUAAAAUGACGACAAAAUGAUCUACCGACACUCAUUGAAAACACAAAGAAAUCUCAUCAAAAUGCGCCGAUUCAAUUCACUAUUCUUUAUCGAUUCGACUCGUAUCGUAAGCAAAGCAAGAAGAAAGAAAACUCGGAUUAGACGUUUCGUUGUUUGUGCAUUUGCAGCGUUGGGUUGUUGGGCUCCGUUUCUUUUCGCUCGGAUGUUGCCAUUUUUUGUGUCACGAACAAGAAUGGGUUUGACAAAAACACUUUACUCGUCUCAUUAUUAUCAUUAUUAUUAUUAUUAUUAUUGUUGACUAAUCGGAAGGGAUGACGAUAAUUAUAAGGAAAUGCCCUCCUCUAUUUGAUGAUGAAUCAAGUCAGCUGGCUCUCUCGUCGCGAUCUCUUCUCUUUCUCCCUUUUUUUCUGGUGCCAUUUCUUUCAAUUAUUAGCCAUCCCGUUCGUUCGUUCGUUCGUUCAUUGCCGACGAUCACCCUACCGCUAUAUACAUACUAUUGCUAUAUUAUCGUUCGUUCGUUCGUUCGUCGAAGCAAAACCUUGUCUCAUCAGCUUGGCCUCCUCUCUGUUUCCCUUGGCAAGCGCAUUUCAAUUUGGCCCAUUCGUUCAAUCAGAUGAAACGAACUGUAGGCCGAUCGAAAACGCUGACGGCCUGGGGCUGCGUUUUUCACUUUGAUUUUGUGUACAUAUUAGGCCUUAUACUACAUGUUAUACAUACAGUAUAUAUCAUUUCAUUUGUUGAUUUGUUUAAUCCACCUGAAAAAGGUUUUUUUUUUUAUGUCGAUCCUUUUUUUUUCGAUUCCCCCGUGUUGUGUUUUUCUUUUUGUCUUUUUCUCAUUUUUCUUCGAAGAGGAAAAAAUGAAAAAAACGCCCAUGUCAUUUUUUUCAAAAAUAAUUUUGAAAACAUUAUAUUAUGUGUAAUGUGUGUGUGUGUGUGUGUGUGUGUGUGUGUGCUCCUAUAAUAUAUAUAUGCUGCGCUGUAAAUAGUUUUUGAUGAAUAUAUCAUAACCAAGCUCUGUACAAAACAAAA